UGGAUAAUACUUCAUUCUUAACAACGGAUGCGCUAUAGCAACGGCCAAGCGGUAGCUGUCAAAGCGGUCCCUUUGAGCUCUCUCUUCGAGCUCUUACGGGGCUCGUGCUACCCAUUGUUCAGUCCAUGAUGUAAGAGACUCUUUCUUUGUGGUUCAGUCGUUCGUUAGCUCGAUCAUCGAUUCACCGUUCAUAAGAUUUCAGCGUUUGUAUGAUUCAUCCUAUAAGCGAAAGAGCACCAAUGAAAUUGUAGAUCGACUCUUCCACCUCAUCGUACUAAAUUGCUAGGAUUGCUGAAAGAGCUCAAUUUGGGUAUAGAACCUUUGAGGGAACCUUGGGAAAAUAAGUGAAGCCUCUCUUUCCUGUGCUGCUUCUCUGUAAAGUUGCCAAAAUGGAGCCCACACCAAAGCAUCAAUGUGUUUGUUCUACUAAGUUUUAAUUGCAAAAUGCGAAAAGUCACUAAAUUAUGGUGUGAAUGUUUUUACACUAUCCACACGUAUCAAAGCUCCGGAUAUGAGCGACCAGGUAGUAUCUGCAGAAAACGCAGAAGAAAAGAUACUUCUGGAGAAUCUCCCGACUGAUGUACUUUUGAUGAUCUUCUUGUAUUGCGAUGAAGUGUCGCUUGGGCGCCUUAGCCAACAAUGUCGGCGAUUUAAUGAAAUAAUUAACGAAGAUUGUAUUUGGGCUGAGAGAAGCAGGAAAGCCAUUGUCACUAACCAAUUAAGCAAGGAAAUGCAAGAAAGGUCAUUUUGUAUCCUGCCUUUGCGUGAAAAAUGUCGGAUAUCAUCGAAUUGGAGAAAAGGACGUUUCAAGGAAAAUAUAUACUUUUCUCAUAAGACGCGGUACAUGCCAUGGCUUGUAAUGAAUCAUGAUCAUCUGUGGCUAAGCAAGGGAAAUACUAUUUUGUGCUAUCAGAGGAAAAGUGAUGGUUUACGUAGUAAUUGUGCAGUACAAAGAUUAACAGGACAUCAGGAGGAUGUUUGUCGUUUUGUUGAAGCUGAAGAUAUGAUAUUUAGUGGAGGAAGAGAUGGUGCUAUUUGCGGCUGGUGUUCUGACUCAGGGGAAUUUAUACUUUCCCAACGUGAUAGUCACACGUCCGAUAUCAAUUCCGUGACAUAUGUGAAGGACGUUCUGGUGUCGGGGUCGAGAGACAAAACCAUAAAGUUCUGGCGAUGGCAGUGGUCAGAUCGACGCUGCGAGCUCCUGAGGACGAUCGACGUGCAGGAUCGAGUGUGGAGCACGUCUGCCAGUCCGCACGGUGGUCUCUGUGCUAUUGGAUCGUCUGGUUAUCACCAGAUACCUCCUCUGCAUAUUUACGAUAUAGAACACGGACUUGAAAUAAUGAAAUUUAACGAGGCCUACGUAUCCGGAGCAGGCAUAUUGGAUACUCUCUGGGAAUCCCCGCACCACCUCUUUUCAACAGGUUAUGAUGGAUACAUACGACUGUGGGAUACACGAACUGGCUGGUGUGUGAACACCUGGGAAGACCCAUACGACUCGCCGAUUUAUUGUCUAGCUUCUGACAACGUCCAUACUAUAUUGUGUGGAACUUCUCAUCAUGGGCGCGUUCAGCUUUGGGAUAAGCGUCAGCAGCAUAGUUUACAGCAAAGAAAUAAAACAUUGAUUCAU